AUGGAGGCGGCCGGCGGCCCGGCCCGCUUUGAUUCCCGCCUCGACGAGGCGCGCGGGCCAACCUCCAAGCUCGUAAACGCGUUGGCCGCGCGCUCCCGCCGGCCCGGUGGGCCGCGAUAUAAGGCGCAGGGCGGGCCCCGGGCUCCAGCCACCCGCCUCCGCCGCCACCGCCGCACCAUGUCCUGCCUCUCCAACGGCCUCGCCGCCCCCUGCGGGGUCCGCGCCUUCAGCUGCGCCUCGGCCUGCGGGCCCCGGCCCGGCCGCUGCUGCAUCACCGCCGCCCCCUACCGCGGCGUCUCCUGCUACCGCGGCCUCACCGGCGGCUUCGGAAGCCACAGCGUCUGCGGCGGCUUCCGCGCCGGCUCCUGCGGCCGCACCUUCGGCUACCGCUCCGGCGGCGUGUGCGGGCCCAGCCCGCCCUGCAUCACCACCGUGUCGGUCAACGAGAGCCUCCUCACGCCCCUCAACCUGGAGAUCGACCCCAAUGCGCAGUGCGUGAAGCACGAGGAGAAGGAGCAGAUCAAGUGUCUCAACAGCAGGUUCGCAGCCUUCAUCGACAAGGUGCGCUUCCUGGAGCAACAGAACAAGCUUCUGGAGACCAAGUGGCAGUUCUACCAGAACCGCAAGUGCUGCGAGAGCAACCUGGAGCCCCUGUUCGAGGGCUACAUCGAGACGCUGAGGCGGGAGGCCGAGUGCGUGGAGGCCGACAGCGGGAGGCUGGCCUCGGAGCUCAACCACGUGCAGGAGGUGCUGGAGGGCUACAAGAAGAAGUAUGAAGAGGAGGUGGCACUAAGGGCCACCGCCGAGAAUGAAUUUGUGGCUCUGAAGAAGGACGUGGACUGUGCCUACCUCCGCAAGUCAGACCUAGAGGCCAACGCGGAGGCCCUGACUGAGGAGAUCAACUUCCUGCGGCGCCUGUAUGAGGAGGAGAUCCGCGUUCUCCACGCCCACAUCUCAGACACCUCAGUCGUUGUCAAGAUGGACAACAGCCGGGACCUGAACAUGGACUGCAUUGUGGCCGAGAUCAAGGCUCAGUACGACGACAUCGCCAGCCGCAGCCGGGCUGAGGCCGAGUCCUGGUACCGCAGCAAGUGCGAGGAGAUGAAGGCCACGGUGAUCCGGCACGGGGAGACCCUGCGCCGCACCAAGGAGGAGAUCAACGAGCUGAACCGCAUGAUCCAGAGGCUGACCGCCGAGGUCGAGAAUGCCAAGUGUCAGAACACCAAGCUGGAGACCGCGGUGACCCAGUCUGAGCAGCAGGGCGAGGCGGCCCUGAGUGAUGCCCGCUGCAAGCUGGCCGAGCUGGAGGCCGCCCUGCAGAAGGCCAAGCAGGACAUGGCCUGCCUGGUCAAGGAGUACCAGGAGGUGAUGAACUCCAAGCUGGGCCUGGACAUCGAGAUCGCCACCUACAGGCGGCUGCUGGAGGGCGAGGAGCAGAGGUUGUGUGAAGGCGUUGGUGCUAUAAAUGUCUGCGUCAGCAGCUCCCGGGGCGGGGUCGUCUGCGGGGACCUCUGCGUAUCCGGCUCGCGGCCAGUGACCGGCAGCGCGUGCAGCGCCCCCUGCAGCGGGAACCUGGCGGUGAGCACCGGAAUGUGCGCGCCCUGCGGCCAGAAGUGCAGCGGCAGCUCCUUGGUGCGGUUCGCGUAGCGCCUCCCGCCCUGUAAAUACUCGGCUCGGCUCUCGGAGUCCGCAACCCCUGCCUCCAGCGGCGGUCCGGGAGCAGCCGUAGCCCUGGGGCUUGAAGCGGAAGGGCUUGGAGAACCUGCGGGCCUGACCCGUCCACACCGCAGCCUUAUCUUCUUGCAACUUCUCCGCCUUCUCCCCCUCCUUCGCUCUUGCUCUUGGGGAGGGGGGCGGAUUCCUUCCGGAGAGGGCCGGCCUCCCUGCCCAGCUGGCCCCAGGAGUCUAAAUGCCUGCCUUCCAAGCAGCCUUGGGCAGGGAGCCAAUCCUGACCUGCUCGGGCUGCUCUAGGAGCUGGCCUGGCACAAAAACCUGUGGCUUCUAAGGCACAGAUUGGCCCCAGGUCCCCUGGGCUGUGGACGUGCCUCUAUUCCACUGGGCCUCCCCUGCCUUCCAAACCCUGGCGGUGACUGAGGCCUCGGCUUCACGAGGACAUCUCUUGGCGGCCGCCUGGGCUCCCUCCCCCUCGUGCUUAGUGUCCACGUUGCCAAUAAAGCUCAUGGAUCAUACAUAAUGCGCUCAGAAGACCUCCCGUCUGUGCCUACACAUGGGGACGUCCAGCCCGCUUUGGGCCCCUCAGAGGCUGACAGAGAAGCUGUUCACAGCCAAAGGGGAAAGAGGGCUAUCUCGGAGGCACCCUGCCCGAGUGCCACAUUCACACUUCCUGAAGGCUGCAGGGGGCUGGCCGGCAGCCCCAAAUACCCAGACAGCGUGAGAAAGAGCUGGAAGCAAAGGGAGAGAAAGGCAACCAGGAGGAGACUUAGCCAGGAGGGGCAGGGCCUGGCUCUCCUGACACCUGUAGGGGGGCACCUUAUCACUCACGGCUGGCGGGACACCGACGGUCCACUUCCCCCACUCCCCAUCCCACCCCCACCUCAAUAUAUGAAAAUUCCUGACCGUAGGAUCAAAUAUAGACUCCUCCUCCCCCAGAAACCAACACUCUCUUGAUAGCCCCCCCUAUAUACACCGCCACCACCCCCCCCAGGUGUCCUAGACACAAGACACCUCCCCACUACCCUCUCCCCACCAUCCAUCAUAUGUGCUGUUGCAGGAACAGAUAUCCCCAUAGACCCUAAAAACACCCCCACACGCGUACAGACACACAGACCCCCGACCCCAGACACAGAGAUGCUCUUAUCGAGCAGCCCAGACACAGAGAUGCUCUUAUCGAGCAGCCGACACACAGAUGCCCCUCCCCCCACCAGGGAGCCGGAUACACACACAAGCCACCGCCCAGGCACAGAGCCUCCUGCCAGGGGGUCCAGAUUCUGGGACUCCUCACCCCUCCCCCUCCCAAACACACACAGGCCUCUUCCCACUGCCAUCAUCACCCGCACAGAAUCCCAGACCCAGAGAGCCCCGUCCAGGACCCGAGGGCCGGGCAGACCCAGCACCAGCAAGGGCCAAGGGCGCGAGCUGGCUGGUGCAUCCGAAACCCAGGCCUGCGGCAGCUGAAUGUCUGAGCCUUCUCACAGCAAGGAAUGAACUCUGUCUGGCAGCACAGGGCACGGGGGUGGGGUGUGCAAACAGCCCUCCACUCCCUCAGCAGGAGAAGGCUUCAACGCCCACUUCCUGGCAGAGCCAGACUUCCUGGGAUGUUUCUGGGCUUCAGGAGAGGAGCUGGACUCAGUCCCAGCACUGGGAGGAGGCCAAGGCCUCACACCGGCUAAGAGCCACGCCCCUCAGAGCACCACCACCAGGUCACCAGUGUACUUUCCCAGUCACCUGCACAAGUGGCUUCUCCGUGUUCACAGCA